AUGGGAAAGGAAGACCCUCCUAUCGAUAAAAAACGCCCAGCCGUAGUACAUACUCCGCCUUCAGACCGACGACUCAGAUCACAAGUUAGUACGCAGGCCACCCAAUUAUUCGAAGGACAAUUAGAAAAUUUAGAGGAGACGAACGCGUCGGGAAACUCAAGUCUAACUCCCGAACAGUCACAAAUCUCCAACGAAAAUUCUAAUCCAACGAAUAAAAAUUCUCCGGAGAACUCGAGAAAAACAGAAAAACCCACUCAAAUACUUAUUCAAACGCCUGAUUCAGAAAACCAAUCCCAAACACAUAUUAAGAUUCCUCAGGAAUUUAAAAUGGUAAGCGAACCCGUUGCAAGUACAGGCGCAACCGCCUCACCCGCACCGACUUAUCAUUAUAUCUCAAUUAAGGAUGCCUUAGAGGCAGUCCCGGUGUUUGACGGCAAUCCGUCCCAGGUUAGAAGUUUUGUGCCGGGAUGCAAGGAUGCACGCGAAAUGGUUCCGCCUCAAGUCGAAUUAAGCCUCGCGCGAAUAAUACGUAAUAAAAUCAAGGGAGUAGCUCGACGUGUGAUCGAGAACGAACGGUUCGAUACCGUAGACGAAUUAACCGCGCGAAUAAAUGAGCUUUAUGGUCCAGCCAAAUCCGUUAAUCUGUGUCAGGCGGACGGCAAAGCCGCUUUUCUGCGCGGAUUAAGACCCGAAAUCGACGGAAAAAUCCCCACAGUACCCGGUACUCUAAAAGAACUGGUCGACGCGGCGAUGAAAAUAGAAAAACAGGAGAAAAUUAAAAUCAAACUUAGACGAGGAGAUCAACCUAGCACAAUUCAAGACGCUACGAUAAAUUACGCGAUGUUUCAACCAUAUAAUUGUGUUGUAUGUGGAGCAAACGACCACGAUAAAUACGAUUGCCAAUAUAAUUCAGAUAAAAGCUAUUACGAUCACCGUAAACCUCGGAAUCAAACUUAUGUUAUCCAAGGGCGUACCGAUAGAAAACUAGUGACGUUGGCUACAAGCGAUAUGAAACAAAUAAUUAUAGGUCCGCCUCAAAAUUCCGAUAACAAAUCAAUCAACACGAUCGUAAAACCAGAGAGUAUAUUCUCUACGAUCAAAUUAGAAGCGAGCGAAUUACAAAAUCCGAGUACUUUCAUGUUGGAUACAGGCUCCGACCUGAACAUUAUAAAAAAUAACUGUGUGAGGUCAGAAAUUGAAAUAAACGAACAAAAGAAAUUUAAUCUUAGCGGAAAAGUCCCCGCGUGCGUGGAAACUAUGGGAGAAGUUCCCAUAAACGUAAUAGGAACCGAAGCUCAAUUCCAUAUAGUUCCGGAAAAUUUACCAAUCCCACAGAACGGAAUCAUAGGAUCCCAGUUCUUCAACGAAACUCGAGCUCAGAUAAAUUUUGAUAAAGGCACAUUAGAAUUCGGUAACGUACAAAUCCCAUUCCUAAACCAGCAAGAAAAAACGACUCCGUAUAGAGCGCAGACUGGCAACUGCGACAAACUCGCGGAGACCGAACUAGGCACCGAGGUUUUACCGCUCCUGGAUGUAGAAUCUAACGGGUGUCUCGGUUAUACAAAAUCCGAUUUAAAGACCGAAAUUUCCGAACCUCUUAAAGGAAAGGAAAAGGUCAAAAAUCCGGAAGAUGUUCUCGUAAUUCCAUCAAGGACACGGCUUGGCAUCCGUAUCAAUCUCGAAAAAACUGAGUUAACCGAAGGGUACCUACCUCUGAUAGACGCAGAUGACAACGUCUACAUAGGGAACGCGUUAGUGGCAAAUCGAGAUAAUAAAGCGUACCUUUAUGCAAUUAAUACGUCAGACUCGGAAGUAAGGCUGAGGAUUCCACCGCAAAUCCUGGAGGAAAUAAGUGAAACAGAGGACUCUUUAGAAUCAGAUACCCAAAAUUUUAAAAUCAAAAGCGAGAAUGCAAAAGAAACCGUUAAUUAUAAGAAUAUACCCACAAAAUAUCAAAUAUAUCCCGACGAAUGCAUAAAAUACGAUAAUGAAUCUGUGAAAAACGAUAAUAAAUCUACGAAAUAUUCCAAUGAAUCCAUGAAAAAUAAUGACGAAUCCGCGACAAAUCCAAGCGAAUCCAAUGAAUCUGUGAAAAAGGAUAAUAAAUCUACGAAACAUUCCAAUAAAUCCAUGAAAAAUAACGACGAAUCUGCGAUAAAUCCAAGUGAAUCCAAUGAAUCCAUAAAAAACGAUAAUAAAUCUACGAAAUAUUCCUAUAAAUCCAUGAAAAAUAAUGACGAAUAUGCAACAAAUCCAAGCGAAUCCAAUGAAUCUGUGAAAAACGAUAAUAAAUCUACGAAAUAUUCAAAUAAAUCCAUGAAAAAUAACGACGAAUCUACGAUAAUACCAAGUGAAUCCAAUGAAUCCGCGAAGUAUGAAAAUAAAACUACGAACAAUAAGUGUAAAAAUAAUUCCGACGAAUCCGAGAAAAAUAAUAAUGAAUAUUCCGACGAACCCAUAAGAAAUGAUAAUUCUAUAGUAAACCUGAGUGAAUCCAAUAAACCCAUGAAACAUGAAGAUAGAUCUGAGAAGAAUGAAACUAAACCCAGUAAACCCGCAACGAGUGAAUUAAACGUAAUCAAAUUAAUGGAACCGUAUAUUACUGAUAACGCAAAAAGGGCUGUAAUAAAUAAACAUAUCCCAGUAUUUAAAGAGGAAAUAAAUCAAUGCGAUAAAAUCCAAGCGACAAAUAAAUAUAAGAGAAGACAAGAAAUAAAGUCUACGCGAAUCCGCAAAUCUAAACCCUAUACGAAAACAGCCGAAGACGAGUAUAAAAGGAAAAUAACGUGCGCAAUUACACGGAAUAUCUCUACGCAAAACACGAAUCAACCUAAUGAAAUAAACAUCGCAAAAAUAAAAGGAUUAUUUAUGGUUCAAAAUUCCCACGACGACCUAGUCAAAGCCAGGGUCGAGCUUUUGGAAUCCUUAUUGAGAUUAGAACACUCAAAUACCGAGGAAAAAGAGAAUGUCUAUAACUUAAUCCGAGCAAAUGCAGAUAUAUUUCACCUACCAGGCGAUAAUUUAGAAUGCACUGAGUACAUAAAAUACACGUAUCAAUGCAUAGAAGUACGAGAAAACUUUAAAAUCAGAACAUUGAAAGUUAAUGGUUAUGUUGCUGUCUGCAUACGUUGUGUCUAUACAAUGAAUGCUACUAUAUGUAUCGAGAGUCGCGGUAGCGACUCGAGGCAAGUACAUUUUCUCAACAGCCUGCAACACUCUUACGCCGCACACUUGCUUAUAUUUAUUAAGGAGGAACGACGAUCUGCCACCAAGAAUCUAUAA